AUGAGCCCUCUCUACCUUUUCCAUAAAGAUUUCAGAGGCCAAAUUGGACAAGUAGUUUGGAAAGUUUUUGAAAGUUUUACAAAACUUAUUAUCAACAUUCCUUUUACUAAAGCACUAUCUCAGGUGCCAUCCUAUGUGAAGUUCUUAAAGGAAAUCCUCUCAAAGAUGAAAAAGAUAGAGGAUUAUGAGACAGUUGCUCUAAUGGAGGAAUACAAUGCCAUUUUACGAAACAAGCUGGCUCUAAAACUCAAGGACCUUGGAAGCUUUUCGAUACUUUGUGAUCUAGGUGCAAACAAGUUUUUCAAGUACCCAAUUAGCAUCUUGGACAACAUACUCAUCAAGGUAGGUAAAUUUUUUAGUACUAUUGAUUUUGUUGUCCUGGAGAUGGAGGAAGACGUUCAAAUUCCCAUUAAAUUGGGAAGGCCUUUCUUGGCAACCACCGAAGCUAUCAUAUAUGUUCAAAAUGGGUGGUUAACUCUCAAAGUAGGAGAUGAGGAAGUAGAAUUCAACUUGUGUUAG